AUGAGCGUCAGUUCCGAUGGGAGAAAACGGCGCAGGCGUACGGAGUCUGAUAGUCCUAUGGAUCAAGAGCAGCUGCUCACGCCCAGAUCGACCCCCAGGAAGAAGACCAAAACCACGAAUACUGAACACACGGCGAACGACAAAUCCAGAUCUGCCGAAGACCCACAAGAAAGCUCUGAUCCACGUGAAUCGAGACGCCAGAAUCAGCUUCUCGUUAUGAAGGACCCACCGACUGAUGGGUUGUGUACAGUAUUUGUGGGAUGCGCGAAGACGCCAUUUCGGCUUUCGAGUGAAGCUACUCGCACAAGCAUGGCCAUGAGGGACCGUGUGACCUACGAUGUCAGAUUCCGCUCCCACAUCGAUCUGUCCGACAUUGAAGAGCUCACAGAUGAGCACUUUGAUGCCGUGGUGGAGUACCUACAGCACGACGACUUCACUCCAGCCAUCGUCACCAACACCAUUCCUCCGCACCUUGAGGGAAUUGAAGAUCUCGAUCAGAAGCAUGAGGCUGCUGUCAAGUGCGCCGAAGUCUUUCAGAGCGCAUCACACCUUCAGCUGGGUGGCCUUCAAAUGCUCUGUCUCGACAAACUCAAAACUCUUUACCCACCGGGGACUGUGACAAUUCUAUUCGUGAGCUUGACCUGCAUGAAAGCCACUUCUUGGGAGUGCGAAGCAGAAAGUGAAUACCAUGAGUGGAUUGUGGCUCAUUUCGCAGAGUACUACGGCAUCUUGAAGCGAGAGUGUCCAGAUCAGCUUGUGCAGGUCUUUGAGAGAAGUCGGGCACUGGCGAAGGAAGUGAAGGAGAAAUCAGCUGCUAAUCCUGGGAUGGGAAGGUGUGGGCUGAGUGAUGAUGAGAAGUGA